GCUGCAAUCAGCUGACACAGCGAUUCGGAAUUUUAUCAAUUCGGAUAGAACUUCUAUUAUUAAGUUUGCUCAGCUCUUUUGAAACCAAUUAAAUGUGAAUCACAAGUGCGGUCGAUUAGGCGAGCCCUGUUCAGAUAGGCUUAUCAGAAGCAGGCUGAUUUCAAAAGAGCAGUUUCCAUGCGAGCCGCACAGUGAAAUGCGGAGAUAAGCGAACCAACAGGCCAAAUGAGCAGAACUUGGAACUCGAAUAAUGGCGAGGAGCAGUGCGCCCUCCUGGCUGUGGACAGUUCCGGUAGCUCGGGAGCAGCUGCCUCCGGGUCCGAAGAGGACGCGGUGACCACUGCUGGAGCGCAGCGGAGCAAAGCCAAGCUGAGAAAGCUGCAGCACAGGACUCGCAUGCCAGUGCCCAGGAUGUUGAGACGCCUGGGCUGCUACACGCUGAGUGCCUUCAUCAUCUUCCUGCUGCUCCUGGUCUACCUGCCGCUCAUCUACUUGGAUGCGCACAAGCGUAGUGCUGGACUGCCCGACUGGACGCUGGAGACGUCCCGCAGCAUAGGCGACUACCUGGACCCCGUGCACGACUCGGCCCUCAUUGUUCCCCGGGAUUUUUGCCGGAACAAGACCUUCCUGGUAAUCGCCGUGUGCACCGGCGUGGGCAACUUCAUCCAGCGACAGACCAUCCGCGAAACCUGGGGCAACACCACCGAAUUCAACUAUCCAGCCUUUGUCAAGCUGCACGGUCACCUCAAGAGAAACUACCUGCCGCCGUCGCCGGAGCGCCUGAAACUGUACGAGGAUUACCUGAGCGGCUCCGGCGACUCACUGACCGCCUCAGUGCGCAUUGUAUUCGUUCUGGGCCGACAGGCGGAUGAGGCUCUUCUGGGCAACGAGACACUCAAUCGCAUUCACAAUGAAUCGGACCAGUACAAUGACAUCAUUCAGGAGAACUUCGUCGACAGCUACAACAAUCUGACGCUCAAGUCUGUGAUGGCUCUGAAGCACAUCAGCCGCAGUUGCGCCAACAACUCGGCCUUCUUCCUCAAGUGCGACGAUGAUACCUUCGUGAAUGUGCCCAAUUUGUUGCACUUUCUGCUCGGCGGAACUAUACCUCUAUACAACGCUACGCUGGAUUACCACGAUCGCUCCACCUACUUGGCCACCUCGCCGCAGAAUCGCCUGAAGGCCACCAGCGAGGUGAUGUACGGCCAUCAGUUCUGCAACGUGGUGCCGGUCAGCGAAGUGAGCAGCAAGUGGUACAUGCCCUCGUACAUGUUCAAGCCGGAGACGUAUCCCAAGUACCUUUCCGGAGCCGGCUAUCUGCUGUCCAUCGAUGUGGUGCAGCGUCUGUUCGAGGCCUCGCUGAAUACGACACUCGUUUACCUGGAGGACGUGUACAUCACUGGGCUGUGCGCCCAAAGGGCCAAGAUUAAUCGCCACCACCACCCGCUCUUCAGCUUCGCCCACUCGAAACAAGCGUGUGCCUUUAAGGGCAGUAUCACACAGCACCAGAUGAAAGACGACAGCAUGGUGGAGGCGUGGCGCCAUGUGGCCAACUACUCCAUUAAGUGUCCGCCGCCGGGGCGCUACUUCAGUCAAAUGCGAUUGCGUAAGCGACCGAUUUGUUAAGACUCCAGGGUGCGUCCAUGACGCCCACCCAUUCCCCCUGCUCUCUGGAGAACCCGAAAUACUAUAGUUACAUUGCUUCAAUAGACAUUUUUGAACUUAGUUCCUGAAAUAACAUGUAUACGUGCUUGGGAUAAGAUAACGAUUUGAUUGUAGAACAUAAUCAACUGACUUAAUUACCAGGCAAAGGUGAUAUAUAAUUGGACCGGAAUAUAAUCGAGUUUAUGGUUAACUUUUUUAGAUAACAUACAGUUUUUGUUCGAUAAACUCAUGAUAUUCCUACAAAAAUUCUUAACUAUUAUUACUUCUCGUUCGAUAUUAGUAUUCCUCUUUUGAAAUACAAAAAACGUACAAAACUCAUGAAGUGUUACUACUAUUAUCCUAAUGUAUUGGCUUACGCCUAACACCCCCACAUCCAUAUCAAUGUUAAAAGUAAUGCACAAGCAGGAUAUCGAAAAUAUCUAGAAUUCUGAACCUUUCCAGAAUCUCUGAAAUUAAUUAGAACUUUAAGUAUUUAUUAUUUUUUCAUGAGAUCUGAUACAUUUACAUACUCCCUGCUGUAAAUUAGUUUAUAGCUCUCACACUUUGUCUGAUAUUUAAUAAUUAUAUUUUGUAUUCAUAUUUCUGUGCGCUUAAAGCUUCCUGUAAAAAGUUGAGCCGAAUUCAUUCACGCACAAAACACGAAUAAAAUUAAUCAAUCAUAAUUGUUUAAGGUGUGAUAGACAAAAAUACUAAAUCAGAUGGCCAAAUAUCUAGUUGUGUUUUUGUUAAAAAGGCGAAUAAAGAUCUGAAAAUAAUCAACCC